CAACAAACAAAAUCUCCCAAAUUUCACUUCAAAAGAAGAAAAAAAAACUUUCUUUUCUUGAAAAUCUUUACUAAUGGCGAAAUCUGAAGGCAAAGCUAUUGGCAUUGAUCUCGGCACGACUUACAGUUGUGUUGGGGUUUGGCAAAAUGAUCGUGUAGAGAUAAUCCCAAAUGAUCAAGGCAACAGGACUACUCCAUCCUACGUUGCUUUCACUGAUACAGAGCGGUUAAUCGGCGAUGCAGCCAAGAAUCAAGUAGCGAUGAACCCCCAAAACACUGUUUUCGAUGCUAAACGUUUAAUUGGUCGGAGAUUCUCCGACCCUUCUGUUCAGAGUGACAUGAAGCAUUGGCCGUUUAAAGUAGUUCCGGGUCCUGGUGAAAAACCCAUGAUUGUGGCAGUACAAGGGGAAGAGAAACAGUUUUCUCCUGAGGAGAUUUCUUCUAUGGUUUUGACGAAAAUGAAGGAAGUGGCGGAAGCUUUCUUGGGGACCACUGUAAAGAACGCUGUGGUUACUGUUCCCGCCUAUUUCAAUGAUUCUCAAAGACAGGCUACUAAAGAUGCAGGGGCUAUUUCUGGGCUUAAUGUUAUGAGGAUUAUUAAUGAGCCUACUGCUGCUGCAAUUGCGUAUGGUUUGGAUAAAAAAUCGUCGAGUAGUGGUGAAAAGAAUGUGUUGAUCUUUGAUCUUGGUGGUGGAACUUUUGAUGUUUCGUUGUUGACUAUUGAAGAAGGGAUUUUUGAAGUUAAGGCUACUGCAGGGGAUACACAUUUGGGUGGUGAAGAUUUUGACAAUAGGCUUGUCAAUCAUUUUGUGCAGGAGUUUAAAAGGAAGCAUAAGAAGGAUAUUAGUGGCAAUCCCAGGGCUCUAAGGCGGUUGAGAACCGCCUGUGAGAGGGCGAAGAGGACUUUGUCAUCGACUGCUCAGACUACUAUUGAGAUUGAUUCCUUGUAUGAAGGGAUUGAUUUCUAUGCUACGAUUACCAGGGCAAGAUUUGAGGAGAUGAACAUGGAUCUUUUUAGGAAGUGUAUGGAGCCUGUGGAGAAAUGUUUAAAGGAUGCCAAGAUUGACAAGGGUCAUAUUCAUGACGUGGUUCUUGUUGGUGGCUCUACUAGGAUCCCAAAAGUACAGCAAUUAUUGCAAGAUUUUUUCAAUGGUAAGGAGCUAUGCAAGAGUAUUAACCCUGAUGAGGCUGUGGCAUAUGGUGCUGCUGUUCAAGCUGCAAUUUUGACUGGAGAAGGUGAUCAGAAAGUUCAAGAUUUGCUGCUUCUUGAUGUCACACCUCUCAGUCUUGGUCUUGAAACUGCUGGUGGUGUGAUGACAGUGUUGAUUCCAAGAAACACUACAAUUCCAACGAAGAAAGAGCAGAUCUUUUCGACCUACCAGGACAAUCAACCAGGUGUGCUCAUUCAGGUGUAUGAAGGAGAGAGGCCUAUGACUAAAGACAACAACCUUCUUGGGAAAUUUGAGCUCAAGGGUAUUCCUCCAGCACCAAGAGGAGUGCCUCAGAUCAAUGUCUGUUUUGACAUUGAUGCUAAUGGCAUUCUCAACGUGUCGGCUGAGGACAAGACUGCUGGUGUGAAGAACAAGAUCACAAUUACAAAUGAUAAAGGAAGGUUAAGCAAGGACGACAUUGAGAGGAUGGUUCAAGAAGCGGAAAGGUACAAGGAAGAGGAUGAGUCCAUGAAGAAAAAGGUUGAGGCGAAGAACGCAUUGGAGAAUUAUGCUUACAACAUGAGGAAUACAGUGAGAGAUGAGAAAUUCUCAGGGAAAUUGGAUCCAUCUGACAAACAGAAGAUUGACAAGGCUGUGGAUGAGACAAUUGAAUGGUUGGAUGGAAACCAAUUGGCUGAAGUAGAUGAAUUUGAGGAUAAAUUGAAGGAGUUGGAGAACUUGUGCAAUCCAAUAAUUUCAAAGAUGUACCAAGGUGGUGCUGGUGGAGAUAUGCCCAUGGGAGGCAGUGCUGACACUGGAGCUGGUUAUGGCCAAGGAGGAUCUGCAGCUAAUGGUCCAGGGCCAAAGAUUGAGGAAGUUGAUUAAAGAUGAUAUGUUAAUAUUUCUAUAGAAAUAUAAACUGUGUGUACUAUUUUAGUGACUGCUUUUAGUGUUCAGUUCUGGUGUGAGAGAAUAAUCAAUAUUACAUCUAUGUAGACCCUAAGUUUUUCUAAAUAAAUUUCAUUUUUCAUCUUAA